AUGAGUUGGAAAGGGUUGUUGAAAGGUAGCUUUCCGAAAGAUACGAUACAGCGAUACAUAGUAGCAAAUGAAGGAAUUGCCAAUUCUACCGUGUUUCAAGGUACACUGUAUGAACUUACUGUGAUGCGAGAAUUGAUGGAAAAAUUACGAAUGGAGCAUAUGCAGGUUGUCGGUGGAUCAUACGAUGGUGGUGUAGAUAUAAGAGGUCGCUGGGAUGUUACUCCUAUAAUUACAGAGGUCGAUAGGCAUAUUCACUUCGAAGAGUUACCGAAAAGAAUCAAAGUUAACAACACCACGAUAAAGCCAUGGAGACAUCGUGUCAAACCAAGUAAGUAUUUGGAUUGUUAUGUUCAGUGCAAGGCAUUUAACUCGGAAAAAAUAACAGGACGGCAAGUGAGGGAGCUUAUUGGGGUAUUUGCGAUGCAAGUGCCGCUUUCGAAGCGUAGUUCUAGUAUAAUGAUAAUGAGCGCACCAACUUUAUUUACAAAGGACGGAAUUACACUUUUUAACGAGGCGCAAAUACCGAUGAUAUUUACCAGAGUGGAGAUGAUUUCAGCGCUUGGCAAUGGGAACUUUGACGUGGAGAAUUCGGGAAAAUUACUGCAGUAUUACGAGAAUGAUUAUGCUUCAAAAUUGCUUGCCAAUUGUGGAAUAAAAGAGUGGUUGAAGUUAAGGGCUUACGAAGCGAUAAACAAAAACGAACUGUGA